UCAAAGCGCGCUGUGUAGCUUUUGUUUUUUGCCCCGAAGAAGUUCGACCGUACAAAGUAACGUAUUUUUUAGCGAAAGGUUAAAUGUGACCUGGUGUAGAACGACAAAGGUCGGCCAGUUUGCAGUCAUAGCGACGGGAUGGGGUCGGUUUCCGGGCGUACCAGCAGCAGCUCGUUCGAGAAAAGCUCGGGUAGAAAAACAAUGACGAGGAGGAGCCACCAGGAGCAACCUGCGCUACUCGCGUACUGGGUUUGUUUUGCAAUACUGCUGACGGUAAUUUGCUCCGUACAAAGUGCCUCGAAGGAUCCGUACAGUAUCUUGGGCGUGCAGAAGCGGGCCACACUGCAGGAGAUUCGCCGCGCGUACAAGCAGUUAGCGAAGGAAUGGCACCCGGACAAAUCGAAGCAUCCGGAGGCGGAAACGCGGUUUGUGGAAAUCAAGCAGGCGUACGAGCUGCUGUCGGACUCGGACCGCCGGCUGGCAUACGACCAGUUCGGCAUAACGAACGAGGACGCCGUGUUGAACCGCGACCGACCGGACUACAGCAACUACGGACGCUUUCAGGAUCCGUUCGAGCAUUUCUACGGCGCGCAUAACUUCAACUUUCACGAUCAGGAUAUCAGCCUGUACCACCGGCUGUCCAUCACGUCCAAGUAUUACGAGACGAACAUCGUGCCCAAGAGCCGUCAGACGCCGCAGAUACUGAUGUUCUACGCCGACUGGUGCUUCGCCUGCAUGAAGGCGGCCAACUCCUUCAAGAAGCUGAUCGACACGCUGGAACCGUACGGCGUCGUGUUUGCCACCGUCAACGCCGGGCACGAGGAGCAGCUGGUGCGCAAGGUUGGCGUUCACUCGCUGCCGUGCGUCAUCAUGGUGCUGGACGGCCACAGCUACGUAUACAAGGAGAGUGUGUUCAAUGCGCAGCACGUGGUCGACUUCAUCCGCCAAAAGCUCCCCUAUAAGCUGCUCGCACCGGUCACGGACGAUACGCUCGACGCGUUCCUCGGUGGCUGGGCGGACAAUCGCGUACGUGCGCUAAUCCUGGAGCCGCGGGCCCAGCCGAGACUGCGGUAUCUGAUCACGGCGUUCUACUUCCGCGACCGCGUGGCGUUCGGUUUCGUGCAGCUGAACGCCAAGAAUACCAAGCACAUCCAGACGACCUACAAGGCGCACGCCACCCUCGACACGCUGCUGAUCUUCAACGAGUUUCCCGCCCAUCCGAUCGCCACGAUCACCAUGUCGGAUAUUCCGACUACCACGCUCAACAACAUCAUCUCGUUGAACCAGUAUCUCGUGCUGCCGCGACUGUCGUCCCAGGAGAUGCUCGAGAGCGUGUGCCCCGCCGAAUGGAACCGACCCCGCAAGCGUCUGUGCGUGGUGCUGGUGACGGAGAACACGAGCAUGCACGAUGGACCGCGCCAGCUGAUGCGGAAGAUCGCGCUGGAAUCGCUGUUCAGUCGGGAGCGGGUACGUUUCGCCUACAUCUACAAGGAGAAGCAGAAUGACUUCAUCGGUGCCCUGUCCAAGCACGAGCAGGCGCCCGAAACGCUGCUGCAGCUGGUCAUCUUCUGGCGGCGUGAUACCAAGCAUAUCCGCUACGAGUGGGUUCGCGAGGUUGUGCUGCAGAUGGACAAGGCGGCCGAAAACGAAACACAGGAUCAGUACUUUAACAACACAAAGCAGAAGAUUGACGGCACUAUCCAGCGGCUGUUGCGCUCAUCCGAAGCGCUUAGCUACGAAACGGAAGUGAAGGAUCUGCUGGAUGAGCACGCCCAAAGUUUGAUGGUGCGUAUCCUGAACCGCGUCCUGCUGGCCGUGGAAUACAUGACGGACAAUCUCGGACAGGAGCACAUUCUGCCGGCCAUCUCUGUGAUCGGCACGAUAGCGUUCAUCUUGAUCGUUGGCUACCUGAUGUCCUAUCUGUUACGCCUCGAGGAGGAAGAUAUACAGCUGAAGCAAAGUAAAAACGUUGACAGUGCAAACGGUAAAUCCACCAACUACGUGCCGGAGCUGCGAUUGCACGAACUGCGGGCCGAAAAGUAUAACGGUCUGGUGCGGUUGCUGAAGCCCGGCUGUCGCACGAUCGUGCUGCUCACCGAUAUGCAAUCACGGCAAAAGCUGAUACCCGCCUUCCAUAAGGCUGUGUGGCCGUACAGAAAAAACAAAACACUCAUGUUUGCACACAUGCUGAUCGAGAAAGGCAUCGGCUGGUACGCGGAGUUGUUGCGCCUGUCCCUGUCCGAGUCGCGCGAGAUGAAAAUCAAUCCGCGCAACUGCAUCGGCACGGUAAUUGCACUGAACGGGCAUCGGAAGUACUUCUGCAUGUACCACGCGAAGCAUCCAGAGUCCAAUCGGGGAGCUAAGCGCAUGAUCAAAAUGACGCGCCAUCUCAGCUCGAUGCCUUCCGAUCCAGAGGCGGGCGCAUUCCUCGGCAUGGACAGCUCCGACUCCGAGACGUCGAUGUCGGACAUCUCCGAGCCAAAGAUCCUGUUGGAGGAGAACCUGCUCGACGGACUGCCGAACUGGCUCGACCGUCUGUUUGAGGGAACUACACACCGGUAUUACAUCAACUACUGGCCAGACUUCACCUCCAAAUGAGUGGGUCGAUGCUAAUGCCAAUGCUCUCCAAUGCCCGUUAAAUUCUAUAGAAUUAUGUAUAUCACCUUCAUCCUGCUACCUUUUACCCAUUAUCGGUAUGAGCGCUCCUUUUCUUAGAUCAGAGCGGGGAAGGGUGGCGAUUGGUGUCCACUGCCAGUGCAGAUUUAGUUACGUUAAAUGAUGAAAAGGCGCUCGUCAAUUUCGUCAAACAUUUCUAGUCAUGUUUAGUAAUAACAAUCGACUUCGUUUGGUGAAUACAGAACAGAAACAGAACGAUGAAGCCUCGAAGGGUCUCGGAAAGAGCGGUUCGCAAAACGCAAAACGGACCCUGAGUGCUAAAAACAAAACAUGCAAUCGUACAGCCAGAAAGCGUCACUGUGGUCGGUCACAGGUUCGGUUCGGCAAAAACAACAGCAUUAUCAGCAGCAUUACUGUCGGCCGGCUGGUAUUCUAAAAACAACGGAGCAAACACAACCAAAGUAGGUGAAUCACACAACGUUUAAGACUACGAUCUAGAUUGAAAUCGAUGCCUACAUGCCCACACCAAACAAUUAAGGAAACAGUAUGGCAACAGGUGGAACAACACCUACUCUGCCGGGAGGGAUCAUGAUUAGACGACUGGGUAGGGUAAAACAAAUGUUUCACCGAUAGCAGCUAGUGGAGGGUGUGCUAUGCCAUGCAGAAAAAGACCAAACGAAAGACGCAUUUAACGCUGAAAGUUAACGACUUACAGAAGGCAACUUUGUGAACCCACUUGCAUGUUCGGGGCUUUCUCUCUACGCUUGUGGAUUAUACCUUAGAAGAUAAUUCAAUCCAUUAACCAGUAAGAAACGCUAGUUUGCAGCCGUAAGCUUGGGAGUUUUUUACACCACACGUACAGUUUGUAGGCGGAAACGAAAUCAGCUUGAUCGAAGAUGAGAUCGAAACAGAGGACGAUAUUGAGAAGGCUUGUUGGUAACAUGAUCUAAUCUUUUCUCUUCUGCUUUAGAACCAAAACCACUCUCCGGCCGGAAAUUGAACACAACUUGAUACGAGCAACGCGACAUAAGUGCAAUACCUUUGUCCUAUUAGUUGUUUCACGCAUUUUUAAAACCAAUACGCUUCGUAAAUAUAUAGAUUUAGAAGUAAUCCUAUUUCAUAAACCAAACAACUACAAACAAGAAAAAAACCUUUACCCAUCUUCCUCAUUUUGUAUAGUUAAUUUAAAUUUAAUUUUCCAACUAAGCUGGGAGGCGCGUAAACUCCUGCAAAAAGCUGUUGCGGGACGAUUUGAAUGUCUUUAAAACGAUUAAAACAAAUUUGCGACAUAAAAUCCCCCAAAAAGCUAGCCAAACAUACAUGGCAAAAGUAGAAGACCGGAGGGGGAUGAGCGGGGAAAAAUCUAGUAAAUUAUUCAGAUCACUAGCAUAAAUACCACGAAACCAAAUACACAGAACACAAAGAAACGCAAAAUAAAAGAAUUAAA